AUGCAUAAAGAUGAAAUUCAACACCAGAUUAUGAAGGAGAUGAAUCCGGCGUUCGUAGCUCUGUCAGAAACCAGGUUGAUAGAAGACAUUGAAGACAGUGAAGUAAAUGUGCCGGGAUAUAAUGUCGCUAGAUGUGAUGCGGAAAAUAGACACACAGGAGGAGUUAUGUUAUACAUAAGAAAUGAUAUAAAAUACGAAGUAAUAGUAAAAGAGAAAAUAAUAUCUAACUGUUGGUGUAUUGCGGUCAAAGCAAGGAGCAAUGCGUAUAAAGGAGUGAUUGCGGUUGUGUACCACUCACCGAGUGCGUCAGACGGUGAUUUUAUUAGAUGGUUAGAAGAUAUAGUGGACUUAUUAGUGAUAAAAGAACAAUGUAUAAUGAUAGGGGACGUUAAUAUAGACUUAAUGACAGACUCAUUUUAUACGAAAAAAUUAAAAGCAGCAAUGUCAGGAUUAGGUAUGAAACAAUAUGUCGACAAACCAACAAGAAUUACGAAAGAUAGUAAAACAUUAAUAGAUAUAGUCUUUGCUAACAUUAAAGUAAAUUAUAAGAUACACAAUAAGCCAAAGAUAACAGAUCAUUCAUGUAUAAGCGUCGAAUUUAAUGGAAGUACAAAGGAGAAUAAAUACAGAGAAAUUAUUAGUAGGGAUUAUAGCAAAUUUCAUAUAGGGGAAUUUUGUAAGGCAAUAGAAGAAAUUUAUGAACAUAGGGAUGAUCUGGAAGUAAGCAAAAGAGCUGAGAAAUUUGUUCAGAGUAUAGUAAGCGUACCAGAUAUAGUUGCACCAAAAAAAGUGUUUAGAAUCCCAGAAAGAUGGGAAGGAAAAAAAUGGUACUCGGAAGACAUAGAAAUAGCUGUGAAUAAAAGAAACAAAAUGUAUAAUAAAGCGCUAUAUUCAAAUGACGAAGAAGACUGGUUGCAAUAUAAAAUUGAAAGAAAUAUGAGUAUUAAUGAUAUAAUUAAGUCUAUAAAAGGGAAGGAUAGUAACGGCCGGAAAAGUAUUUAUGUUAUAGAGAGCAAGGGAACUAUAGAUAAUUUUGAAUUAAUAGAUGUUAACAAGGUUGAAAGAGUCAUUAUGACCUUACCACGCAAGAAAGGAACAGAUGAAGGAAUAAGUAGUGACCUAUUAAAAGCAAGUGUUCAUGUUAUACGACAUGAACUAGCAAGCGUAAUUAAUGACUCGUUAAGCAAAGGUAUAUGUCCUGAAGGAUGGAAAACAUCCACGAUAGUACCAAUCCCUAAAAUAGUAAAACCUAACAAAGCUUGUGAAUAUAGACCAAUAAAUAUAUUACCAACUUAUGAGAAAAUAUUAGAGAUAGUAGUAAAAGAACAAAUAGAAAUAUUCUUACAAAAUAAUAGCAUAAUAACAGAGCAUCAAUCGGGCUUUAGGAAAAAUCACUCUUGUGAAACAGCAAUACAAACAGUGAUUGAUGAAUGGAAACUGAUAGUCAGUGAGGGAAAAAUAGUAGGAGAUAUAUUUUUGGAUUUAAAGCGGGCAAUUGAGACAGUAGAUAGGGAACGAUUAUUAGAGAAACUAUAUCAGUAUGGAAUCGGAGGGUUGGUACUGGAAUGGAUAAGAUCGUAUUUAAAUAAUAGAACACAACAAGUUAAAUUUAAUAAUCAAUGGCCGACAUAUAUUAUGACAAAUUACGGUGUCCCACAAGGAUCG